AUGCCGCGGUCCUUCCUGGUCAAGACGCACCAGAGCACCAAGAAGACCAGCUACGGAGGAGUGAAGGCUGCGGAGACCCUCUGCAGCACCCAUGAAGACUCUCUUCUGCACAGUAACAUCUCUUCUGAUCGUCUUCGUCCAACCUCAAGCCCACGGCUACAGCAGAGAGCCCAGCCUCUCUUUUUUCAGUGUCCUCUCUCUCUCAGAGCAGACAGACUUCACCUUGCAUCUUCUCCAAACACCCCCCGUCUCUCCUUUUUGGACCAGUCGAUAGAAGUCGAUGGCCGGAGCCCUGCAGAAACCUUCAAACCAGCUGAGUCCUGUACGCAAGUGAGCAUGGAAAUCCAGUGUGUUACAGGAAACCACAGGAGAGACAGCCUCCUCACGCCGUCCCUUCCCCUCUUGGCACUCUUUCCAGGCGUCCCACCAGGCAACGGCAGCCAGGAGGGCUCUGAGUAUUUUGAUUGUCAUGAAGAGUUCUUGAGCUUUCCGGGCCUGGCCAAACAAAAGCAGCUCCAGUGUGAGUGGAGCAGUAAGAAGCACUUUAGUUGUAAGCACUGUGAUAAGGAGUACGUCAGCCUGGGAGCACUCAAGAUGCACAUCAGGACACACACACUGCCCUGUGUGUGUAAACUCUGUGGCAAAGCAUUCUCCAGACCCUGGCUGCUUCAGGGACACAUACGAACACACACAGGAGAGAAACCGUUCUCAUGCGUCCACUGCAGCCGAGCUUUUGCUGACCGAUCCAACCUGCGAGCUCACCUCCAAACCCACUCGGAAGUCAAAAAGUAUCAGUGUGCAAGCUGUUCCAAGACUUUCUCCAGGAUUUCAUUGAUAGCCAAGCAUCAAGAGGGAGGUUGUCCACUGUUCUGA